CUAGACAAGCGGGCAGAUGAUAUCGCUUUCAAACUUUUAAGCGAUUCAUAAAUAGAAGAGAACCAGAUAUCUAUACAUAGUUAAAUUUCUAUGCUAAUGUGGGUUGUUGUCUUUAUGCAGAAGAGGCGUAACGCCUCGGCUAUAGUUGGCAGCUCCGUGGCAACAGGCUUUUGGGGCGGGAUGACCAUAGGACGGCUCUUUUUAUCCUCGAUUACGGACAGAUCGGGAAAAUUAUGGGCCAUGUCUCUGUAUAUAGGGGUGACAAUCGCCUUGGAGCUGGUGUUUUGGUUGGUGCCAAACCUGGUUGUGAGUGCAGUGGCAGCAGCACUAAUUGGAGUUGCAAUGGGGCCAAUGUACCCCGUUGCAAUUGUUCUCAUCCCGAAGGUUACGCCUCGCUCUCUUCAUGUUGGGACUAUUGGGUUUGCUGCUUCUUUUGGUGGCUCUGAUGGCGCAAUUCUGCCCUUUGCUGUUGGCGCGAUUGCGCAGGGAAAGGGGGUACAGACACUUCAGCCCAUUGUCCUCGCUAUUAGUGUUGUGCUUGGCUGUUUGUGGCUGUUACUGCCCCGCAAGCCGAUGGAGAAGUAUCAGGCAGAAAAUAAUGAUAGCCCCCGUUAGAGUAGCAAACCUUGAGUGGUGGAAUGACGUGAAGGGUUGAAGAGGAGAACAGCGAGAGGCACAUAGGGAGACAUGUUGGAUUGAACCAUAGGAUAGAGCCUAUCGCAUCACGACGAAUUUUGACUUCCUCUGGUAAUAGGUGUCUGGUUUCUGCAAUGUCAUAUAAUGUUUCGAACUUUAGAUUUAGUAGUUUACCA